AUGGCCUCGCCGCCCAGCGGGAAGACGGAGACCCGCGCCGGACACCUCCCCGCCGUCAGAGCUGGUGGAAUGAGAAUUGUGCAGAAACACCCACAUGCUGUGGACACCAAAGAGGAGAAAGAUAAGGAUGAUCAGGAAUGGGAAACCAACAGCAGUCCACCUAAACAAACGGUGUUCAUUUCUGGAGUCAUUGCAAGGGGUGAUAAAGAUUUCCCUCCUGCAGCAGCUCAGGUGGCUCAUCAGAAACCUCAUCCAUCUGUGGAAAAGCUGCCUCCUCCUCAGCACAUCAACCAGCACAUCCACCAGCCCCGCAAAUGAAUGGACUGUGCAAGACCAGCCGUACACUUUUAGAGAAGGAAUGAUUGCAGAGUUUGUUCUA